AUGGAUCGGUCACGGAGCGAAUUCCAACAGACAGCUGGGUCAAAACUCAAAAGGGAGAGAGGGAAAUGCCGAAAACGUCAGCCAGCACGGGGCGCUCGCUGGAACCAGUCCACAGCAGUCCUCGCGUGGACCCAACUCCCAACCCACCUCCCCCGUACCGCAAGUCCGCAACGCACUCGGCGGCUGAGGCUCCGCGGGCUCCCACUCCAAAAACCCUCCUCCACUCCAGUCUCUAGGCCGUACCGCCACCACCGCACCGGCUCCAAAUCGCCCCACCCGCAGCAGAAUGCUCCGCCGCAUACCGGGCGCCUUCACCGUGGCCGCGGGCUUCCGCCGCUCCCUCUGCACGGCGCGCUCCCGCCGUGGGCCCUGAUCCAGCGCGCGUCGGUGGACGAGUCCGGGGCGCCGGCGAGCCCCCGUCCGUCGCCGGCCUUACCUUCCCCGCCCACCUCGUCCACCCGCGCCGCCCCGGAGCCGGCGACGGCCUCCUCCUCGUGCGCUUCUGCCACGCCCGCCUCGACGCGCACGCCCUCGGCGACCUCGACGCCCUCCCAGCUGCGCAGCCUCUCCUGGGCCGGCACGGACGUGGACCCGGAGGUGGUCCGCUUCGUCUGCAACCCGCUCACCGGCGAGCUCUACCGCCUCCCGGACCUCGACGGCACCAAGAGGACCUCCGCCUGCCGCCACCUCGGCCUCCUCACCCAGUCCCGAGCCGGUGACGGGCCGCCUGACAGGUACGCGGUGGCCGAGAUGUUUACUGCCGGAGGCCCGGAGGAGGAGGGGGACGGGGGCUUCGUCAUGCGCCGGUUUCUCUCGGAGACGGGGAAGUGGGACAAAGUGACGGGCUUGCCGUCCCCGCUGCCCGCUGGGCGGAAGAUGGACAUCGGCAACGCCGUGGUGGCCUUCGGCGACCGCCUGUGGUGGAUCGACGACAGCUGGGGUGCCAUCUCGGUGGACCCCCUCAGCGACCGUCCGGAGCUCCGGUUCGUCGAGCUGCCCAGAGGCAGCGUGCUCCCUGACCUGGACGGCAUGGCGUCGACGAGGAUAUUGGGCAGCCACCGGCGCAUAGGGGUCAGCGAGGGGAAGAUGCAGUACGUCGAGGUGUCCAAGGAGAAGCCGUAUGUGAUCAGCUUGUUCUCGCUCGACGACGAGGGCAGCUCCUGGACGCUGGACCAUGAGACGGCGUUUGCUCCAAUUUGGGAUGAUGCACUCCUCUGUUCGGCACCCUUGGAGCAAAUGCUGGCAAUUGGCGCCAUCAACCCACUCAAAGCCAACAUCGUGUACCUUGCCUGCGGCGACAAAAUUCUUGGCGUCGAUGUGGUUACUAAGAAGAUAACUAGGAUUUCUGGUCUAGCUAUAGCUGUGCCAGAUCUCCCCCUACUACCAUGUGUGCUUCCAACCUGGCUGGAAUCAAGCCAAAUUCCAUCUGCAGGUUGGAGCAAGAAAAACACCCUUAAAAGUGAGGUAUCGCCAAACACUGUCAAAAGGGAGAAUUUGCAUGUCGAAAUAGAUUUGUUGAAAUGAAGUGCACCGGCUAAUCUUUCUUAUGGUUACUAAAAAAUGUCAGAUCAGAGUUAUUUUGGAGGAUUAGGAAACUAAUGGUGGUACUUUUCUGAAAUCUCAUUUUGGGGGGAAUUCCUUGAGAAGUUCGGGUAUAUUAGGAUUUGCUGAUGCACUUGCUCAAUCACAGUUCGGGUAUAUUUUGGCUUUACUUGUGUGCUGUUGAAUUCAGUACAAUGGUUGAUUCCUUCGUCAAUUCAGCAUGUAACCGAAGUCAACGAUAACAUGAUGCAACGUUAUGCCCUCUUAACUUCGAAUGCAUUGAUAUCUUUUGGAAGUUCAAAUUCUGGAUCAUUAUGCCUAGAUUGCUCUGGAAUCUGAAAUCUUGUUUUAACUUGAGAAUGCUUACUUUGAACUGAAUGGGAAACCAAUGUGCUCUGGCAUUGUUAUGGAAUGAUUGGAAUCUGGGGAUAAGCUUCAUCCUGGGUAUUGGCAUGUUCCUCAACUGGUAUUUUGGAGUGGUUUAAAUAUGUUGUGAACUGUGGCUGGUA